AUGGAGCCGUAUCAGUUGUCAUCAUCAUUACGAUCGCGCUACGACUAUUACUACUCCAUUUCGUCGCCGCCGCUCAUGUCGCCCGCCUGUAACUACUAUGACAAUCAGGAAGCCAGUUUAUUUGGGGAUCCAGUGCCGCCAGCACCUUCCACAACCUCCGGAUUCUCCGACACGUUUAGCAGCAGUCUUCUUGGGUCCUUUUCGCGUCACAUUGAUCCAAAACUGGCAAUUAGUUGUGAAAAAGCCGAUUUAUGGCAGAAUACAAACAAAAAUAUUUUCAAACCGCGCGCUUCAACGGCAGUUCAGCGAUCGGAUAGUCCGUCAUCGCAAUCUGUGACGUUGGAAAACCCAAUGUACCGCACAAAAAAUGUCCUGAGAGCAAGUACGAGUAUGACGAGGAAACGACCGAGAGCGGACUACUCGAUGAUCAGCACAAUUACGAAGGAUUGUCGACAGCCGUCUUUCACGAAGAUUGACUACCCCACGGACUACGACAGCGAAACAAAUCAUCAUUCAUACUGUCAUUACGCCGCCACUCCUUCGGAUAAUGGAUCGGAAUAUAAUUACAAUUCGCGUCUGAUACAGUCGGCGUAUCCGGGAAAACGGCGCGUUGUGGAAAGUCCGAGUGUGCAAAGUGUUUGUGUGAGACCGUACUCGCGGUUCAGUCAAUAUAACGAGUGUUGCAUCGAGGAGGAGGACGAGGAAGACCGGAUGACGCCGCGAUCAGCUAUUGUUUCAGAAAUUGUGCCAAUUGGGGAUGGAUAUCGGAUAAAAGACGCUCGAACCCAUAAAAUUUCAUCAUUUUCGGUCAUUAAUGAGAAAGCAGCAAAACGAUCUCGAAGUCCUUAUUUAGUAGAUCCCCUAAAUGAAGUUCUUCGACCCAGAUCUGCAUCUUUAGACUCCACUCUGACACGACAAUCGCGGAAUCUCUUGUCUCCCGACACCGUUCGUGACUUUAAAUUCGGUAAAUUUCCGCGAUCGCAAAGCAGUUUGCUGCUAAGUAAGAAACGCGCGCACGAAGCAACAAUUAUUCGUCCGGAAAAGUUCAAACAGGAACCAAAUGCGACAAUUGGCAAGUCGCGUCGCACGUAUCACGGCAAAAUUCCGCAAUAUUGGAAACGGGCGGGACACGAUGCGCGCGUCAUGAACAACCUGAGAGAAUCUUCGAUGGGCACCGACAUUAGCACAACCUCAAAGACUGAAUCCGCCGACAAAACUGCCACCGAUCCGAAAAAGUCUUCCAAGCUUCUCAACAUUCCGAAUCCGACGAGUAAGCAGCGCGGUUUGUUGCGUCAAAUGACGAAGGACAGCAACGAUCAUUACGAGCCACGUGACGUGACGCGGUCAAAAAGUGCCAUUAAAAUGCCCGUUAUGACGGCAGCACAAAAAUUGGCUGCGGAACGAGCGCGGCGAGCAAAAUCUAAUUCGCCGGCGCCCACGCGAGACAACGAACCGCAAUUUCUCGAGGUAAAAAAACGUUUAAAGACCCCGUUUGAAGUUGUCGAGAAGGAUGUGAAAGAUCCAGCACCUGAACCGCCGCCAAAUGUGAAAGGAAAAGUCUCGAAAGCGAGUAACUUGUCGCCGAUCGCGGGAACGCCAAGCAAGGAAGGCGAAGAGAAAAAAGACAAGGAAAAAUCAAAGUCCUCCAAAAAUAAAGAUAAAUUAAAGGAAGCAACGACGGUACGAGGACGCCUAAAAAUUGCCGUGUCUUCGGGCAAGGAGAGAGAUAAAAAAGAUAAAGACAAAAAAGGGAGCGGCAAAGAAAAAAGCACAUCGCGCGAAAAAUCCGUCGAUAGUGCAGGCAAGAAAAAAAGUGCAGUUAGCAGACAAAAAAGCACCGAAAAGAAAGACAAAUCUUCAGCACGUGACAAAUCCGCGCGAAAAUCCGGAAGAGAUUCGGAAAAAGAAAGAUCGACAACACGAGAAAAGUCUGCAAGAAAAUCCGCGAGCAAAGAUCGUCUCGGAGUUUCAGACAGAUCGAGUGCGAAAUCAACUCGUGGCAAAUCUGGAAGAACUUCUGCGAGACCUGACAAAGACAAAGAUAAAAAGGACAAGAAAACAUUCAAAGAAAAGGGCUCAUUAAUCAGAAAUCUCGGUUUUUUACGUGGCAAGAAGAAACCUGAGAAGGAAAAAUCCAAAUCGGCUUCCUCACAAUCGGGCAAAGAUUCUGCCAAAUCGCGCAAAAGCACUGCCGUCGAACGCAAAGGACCAAAAUUGAAGUUGCAAAAGAGCACAUCUGCCGGCACACUGAAGAGUCAAGACUCGAUCGACCUCAAAAAGGAAGCGGAACUCAACAAAGCCUCCAGUUUCCGUAUGAGUCGCAAAGAUUUGACGUCAGCUCUUUCCACGCGACUCAAAUCUGCGAUGAAACGUGACGGAGACUCCAGCGGGCAAAGUAGCAGAUCGUCUUCGAUUUUUAGUUUGACUCGCAUGAAGGCAAUUUCGCACAACAAAGCCAACGAAAUCCGCAAAGUUGUGAAAAAUCGAAGACUUGAACAGGAGUUGAUUGAAGAAGAUGCCCGCAAAUCCGCGAGACGUCUCGAAAAAAUCGAGUCAAAGGACAGUUUGAUGUCGCAAGCAACGGCAGCGGGCGACACCCAAAGUAUCACGAGCAAAAAAACCGUUAUGAGCACUGGGAGCAGCACAUCGCUAAAACGCCUCAAAAUCGGAACGCCUAAAGGGGGCGUGAACACGACAAUUCUCGCCGCGAGCGCGAGCAAUUUAACCGGCACGGUAACUGAGUACUUUGACCAAAAAGAAGUAGGUAAGAAUAAUAAAGACGACAAUAACACUGAGAUCGGAGCAUCAGGAUCUGACAUUGCGAUACUUGAAAAGUUGAAAAGUAUUCAGCGUACAGUGAGUGAUGCUGCUGACGAAAUCCAAAAAACUAUCGACGAGAAUUUGACUGAUUUACAAACUUUAGAUAGAUCGGUGCCGCCAUCCGCCAAGUCCAAGGUGUCAAGCAGGGGCGGAGGAGGAGAUGAUGGCGUCAAAACCACCUCGAGUCGCAUUGUCUCUCAAAAAUCCUUCGAAAAUGAGAGUAACAACAACAAUAACAACAACGUCGACUUGAUUGACGUUGAGAAUAACAAUACGAUACCGAUGGUUAGUAACUACGAAAAGGACGCGAUGCAAGCGAAUAUGAGUCGCAUCGAUGUCAAGAGCGACAAAAUGUCGAUGAAAAACGACAUGGAUAAAAUUGAGAGUAUGCAUAGCCCCAAAAUGACACCUAUGGCGGGUCCAAAACGACAAAAGUCGUCCAUUGAAGACGAAGAAUCCGCUCAUCCAUCAGAAGAUGAAACGCGUUCGCAACAUUCUGAAAAUUCGGAAGAAGGUUCCGACAGAAGUGGCGAAAGUUCAGCGAGAUCUGAUCGUUCUGACCAAUCGGAGGGCUCUGAAAGGUCAGAUCGAUCGUCAGCUACUUCCGAAAGUUCUGGGUCCUCGCGAUCGACAAGUUCAUCAGAUACGAGUUCUGAUGAUAUUCAAGACGAAGCUAAACAAGGUUGCUUAGGUAAAAUUUGUGGUCCGUGCAAACGCAAGAAGCCUGACGACGACAACGAAAUGCAGCCUGGAAGUAAAUUUGCCGCCCUAAAGAAACUUAAUUGUUUCAAAAAACAAAAGAAAGAGGGCUCGACGGCGACGCUACAAUCAAAGGACAGUCAAAUGAUGGAGAAGCCUGGUUUGUGUACGAGACUUUGUUGUUGCCGGCGAAAAGAUAAAGUCAGUGAGAAAAAAUCUGUCACAAUGAUGGAUUCUGAACCCAAAAAAGGACUUGCGAAAAUUUGUCCAUGCUUUGCGAAGAAGGAAGAUAAGAUGAAGGCAUCGAAAGCAUGGUCGAACAAGACGAGCAUGAGUACCCAAAGUGCACCAAAAAAGGGAUUUUGCGCACGUUUAUGUGAAAAAUUGAUGUGUUGUCGAAAAAAGCCAAAAGAAGAGGACAACCGAAGAACGAGUAUUAUCAGUAAGAAGCCAAGUAUCGGACCGACAGUCAAAACUGAAGAUUCCGGACCCAAAAUCGAUGCAAGUCUAGUCGAACAUGCGUCAAUGAUGCGAGCGGCAGUGCCGAUACUCAAAGUACCAUUAGCGUGGAUUUGUUGCGUUUUAAAUAUAAUUAUUCCGGGAUUAGGAACCAUAAUUUCUGGCUGGCUGUGUCUCUGUUUCGGACAUCCCCGAUUUUCCACAAGUGAUAAUUGGCGUGGAAGAAUUGGAACGUUCAUCAUUAACAUAAUUGUAGGUGUCUCACAGGCAUUUACGAUUAUUUUCUGUCUCGUUGGAUGGGGAUGGUCAAUUUGGUGGGGCAUGAUGAUGAUAGAAUUAGCAAAAAAACAUAAAAAACUCUCAAUGGACGCAGCAAUGGCAGAAAAUGUGGAAGAAGGCACGAUAUCGAGCAAUAAAACGGGAGCAGGAGCAACAAACCCGCCAGCAGCUGUUCAAAAUAACGGCGCACGAUAA